UGAUUGUUCUUAAAUUUUAAGUUCGUGCCAUUACAGCGGCCUACGUCAUACUCUCACAUGCGGGCCAUUUGUUGAGAUAAUUUUUCCAAGAAUCAAAGCUAAGCUUCUAAAUUAAGGUGCUGGGUCGGAUUGAAUCUGUGAAAAUUAUCGAACCCCAAUACCCAGGUCAGUCUAGGGCUUUUGUUCCUUAAUGUAAAAUCACAUUUACAAGUACCCAUUACGAGACAAUGUAAUUAUCUUGUAAUGUUCGUACUUACCCUUACCCAUACUCAUAUCCAUUAUCCAUAGAAGAGUGGGGCGACAUGGUCAAACAGAGUUUCAGUGUAAGUGCGACCGGGCAGCUGUCAUAGGAUAAAUUUUCCCGCCAACUGGCAAUGGCUGCUCCAAUUGGUAGGGAUAAGCUCUACUGUCAGUACGGUUGUUAAGGAGUAGGGGGCUUGUGAAUUCAGCGUCUAGCUGUCCUGUCAACCGGCGUCGGCGUGCUACCUCACUCAGCUUCAGUCGCAUUUCGGCAUUCGUAUCAGCACAACCUCCCGACAUUGAGACUUUGUUUCAUUUUGUUGGGAUCUCUACGCGUCACAGUCUUACCUUACAUUUAAACUUAGCAAUUACAACUACCAUCUAAAUAUCUAACAAUUUAUUCAUAUAUAUAUUUGUUAACUCAUAUAUAUAUAUGAAACUUGAUAGUUACAAAAGUGCGGUAUGUCAAAUUCAGCGUCACUCAGAUCAACUGCUACGACGCCGUCAUUUUACCCGCGUGUUGCCGUGUCAAAGUGAACAAAGUUAUUAAUUUAAGUUGGUUUAAAUUUAUAAAACUGUCAGUGAGUUUAAAUAUUUAAAUAAUUUGAAUAUUGCCGGUUGAUAAUACUUAUGAUUUAAAUAUUAUUUGAAUAAAUGUACUUUUGUUUGAAUUUAAAGUGACAGCACGUGAGACCGGCCGCGCGUUCGAGGUUAACGCGGGUUUUUAAAUAAUAGUAUUAUUAUAAAUAUAUAUAAUAAUAAUAAUAAUUAUAAAUAAAAAAUAGUUUUUUGUGAUUUUUAAAAGUGGUUGUGAGGGCCCGGAAAGCGGCCUUGAGAGCUGCUGUCUACCUGACACAAAGAACGGUCACGAUUUCGUAAAUUCACGGCAAAGACAAGAGUGUUGGUGGGACUAAAUUCGGUUGGCAAUUCUCGCAAGAGGUUUACAAGAACACAAUCAUUUUUUUUUUUUUUUGUUUUUUUAAAUUCUUAUUCUUAUUCUUCAAUCACGAUGUUAGCGUCUGCAGCUGUUAACGACGACCAGAGGUUAACGAUGGAGAGAAGAGCGAGAGGACGGUUUCAAUCAUCCGGCAGCACUGAUGACGAUCAAAGUGGAUCGGAUAUAGAUCCCGAGAGCUCGUCAUUACGUCGUAAAAAUCAGAGAAUAUUAUUACACUCCUCGGACUCACAUGGAGUACGUAAACGUCGUGGGAAUUUACCUAAACAAUCUGUUAAAAUAUUAAAGAGAUGGUUAUUUGAGCAUCGUUUUAAUGCUUACCCAAAUGAGACUGAAAAAAGUUAUCUUAGUCAAGAAGCUAAAUUGACAAAUCUUCAGGUGUGUAACUGGUUUAUAAAUGCCAGGCGUCGUAUUCUUCCGGAAAUGAUAAGACGUGAGGGUCAUGAUCCUCUCAAGUACACAAUUUCACGUCGCGGCAAAAAGAUGCCAGGUGGAAAUGAUCAUCAGCAGGCGGCUGGGUUGAGUCCCAACGCGAAUCGCGACUGGGACACGACAAUGCCUGACAGUGCCUCUACACCACGUAGCCACGGCCGUGAUUAUGAGGAUCGCGUUAUGUACAGAAGUGAAGAAGACAGUCCGAAUGAUUACGAAAGUAGUUGUCAUAGCGAAGAAGAACGUCCGUCAAAAAUGCGUAAAUGGUCAAGUGUUAUCGUUUACCCGCAAUAUUCAGAAACAAAAGUCGAGCCGUCGAAUGAAUUGAAUUACGACGAGGCAGUAAAUCAUCCCACAAGAAGAGGUGAAGAAAUGAUGGUCAGUAAAUCGGCGUACUGGAGCGCACCGCGACAGCAUUUACCCGCAAUCUCGGAAGUCCAAGAGUCGGAGAACUGCAUGAGCAGUAGUAGCAGCGUCAGCAGCACCAGUGCUAGUGAAAGCAGUACUUGCACUAUUAUGGAGACAAUAAACAAUAAUUUGAGUCAUGGCAACGAAACACCACCGCCUACACCACCCGACUCAGCUGUAAAUGAUAACAGUAACUAUCGCACUACAAUCCCUUUUAAUUAUAACUAUCACCAUAAUAGUAAAUUUCAGGGAUUGAUGAUACUUGUUGAGACAGCGAUCGCUCUUGAUAGGAUGAAAGAGAGGUAUCUCAAUCACGACUGAUCCAAUAAUAAUAUGUAAAUAAAUUCAUAUUUAUUUAUUUACUAUUUACUUUUUUAAAUCAACCGCUAACGUCAUUCAUUAUUCAGUUUUUUUUUAUUACUCAAUAACCGUCUGAUUUUUUUUUUUACUGAUUUUUAAAUUGUUCUCUAUCAUUAGUUAAUUAAUUAUUAUUAUUCAUGUAUUUAAAAAUCGAAACGUUUGUGCGCCUGAAAAUUAAAACGUUUUUCAAGCAAUGAAAUUAAAAAAUUCAGGGAAUUUGACUGCUUGAGGAAUAGCUCUGGAGAUGGUAUAAGAUUUUCAACUGACAUACCAUCAUCUGUAUGCAAAAAAUGUCGGAAAUGAUUUCGGGUUUAUCCAGGCCGGGAACUAUAUUGUUAAUGAAAUUAGGCUUUUGAGGCUUGGGUUCAAAACCAACUAGAUCAUUCUUUCUAUUUAAAAUUCCCCAUUAAUUAUGAUGCUAAAAUUAGCCAUCUAAUAAUUUUUUGAUAUUUUUUUAAAACGAUACAUUUAAAAAAAAUAUUUUAAAAAAUUGCACUUGUAAUUUUUUCAAUUCUCUACAUGUGCAUAUUUUUAGUUUUUUUUUUUUUUUUUUCAUUAAAAUGAACAAAAAAAAAUUAAAAAUUAAUUGUCUGCUAAUUUUAAGAUCGUCAUUAAUUAAUAUAUUUUUUUUGGACCAUUUUCUAUUGGAUUCAGAUUUUUGAAAUUUUUCUGUAGUAUGUCAGCCGGAAACAGCUAUCCAUUUACCCCUAAGUCACCUAUAAGCAGUAAAAUUACUUGAAUUUAUUUAAAUUUCUUGGCGCGAAAAACGUUACGAUUUUCAGGUACAUUAAUAUUAUUAAAAUGACUACACGUAAAAAAAUGGUAUAUAGUUCAAUGUAGACAGAGUACAAUAAUGAUAAUUAAAGAAAGAAACAAAAAAUGAAUAAUCAGUCACGAUUUAACGAUACGUGUGCCUUUUGUGCGUCAAUUAGACUAUCGUAACUUAGUCACGGUCCUCGUUAACGUGCCUAAAUGUUUUUAAAUUGAUACACUAUUAUUAUAUUAUCUUAAGACACGACGUUAUAUAUAUAUAUAUGUAUAUUUAUAUAUAUAUAUGUACUGGAAGUAAAUCAAUAAGUCAGCAAAGAUAUAAAUAUAUAUAGCAAAAAAAAUGUCUUUGCACGUGUGUAAAUUUAAAUAGUAUAAUGUAAUACACGUUUCUUAUCACUAUAAUUAUAUGAACAAUUGAUUAUGAUUAUAAUUAUAAUAGUAAUUAUAAUUAUUAUCAAGUAUAAGGUAUGACUUUUUUUUUUAACGUUUAUAAACGUUAUUUUGUAAGUAGGUUUUUUUUUAAUUCGCAUAUCGCAUUAAAUAUUCGUGUUUAAAAUAGCGAUAACUUUUUUUUCUUUUUUCUUUUUUUAUUAUUAUUUAUAGUUUUGUGAUGUUUACACUAGUGUCAGGCGAGACGUUUAAAACUUUUGGUUCAUGAUUCAUAAUAUUUUUUUUAUUUUUUAAUAGAAAUUGAAAUUGAGGUUUUUUUAUUUUUACCGUCGCAAUUUCGGUGGUUUUAAUUUAUAAUUAUUUUUAUUUGUCUACUUCAAUGGAUUGAGUUUAAAUAUUGUAAUGACUAUGAUAUAUUUUGUGGAAUUUUUUUAUUAUAGAAUUAGUAGAUAGUGAAAAAAAAAAUUAAAAAAUUGGAGCAUUAAAAAGUUGAGGCAGAGAACUCGGGAUAUUUUGAGUACUAGAAGUAAUUAAUAUUCUGGAGCAGAAAGAGCAGCCGCGUUUUUCAGAUUAUUUUAGAAUCACUUCCGUGUGAAAAAAAAUUUUUAAGUAUUUCGCGGAUAAAACUUGUGAAUUUUGUCCGGUGUUAAAUUGCGGCUUUGGAAAUUUGAGAAAAAUUUAUUUUAAAUUUUAUGUGGACAAAUUUUAAUCUUUAGUGUACAAAGUUAAUUUUUUUUUUUUUUAAUACAAACAUAAAAAUUUGUUCAUAUAAAAAUCAAAAUUUUAAAUUUCUAAAAUUUUGAUCAACUAGUAAAAUUAAAAGAAUAUAAAAGUUGAUUUAAAAUUUUAUGCGGACAAAUUUCGACUUUUAUAUGAACAAAUUUUGACUAGUGUUAAGUUAAAUUUUUUUUUUUUAUAUAAAAAUUUGUUCAUAUAAAAGUCAAGAUUAAAAAUUUCUAAAAUUUUGACCACCAGUAAAAUAAAUAAAUAAAUUAUGUUCUCAAGUUUUAAAAAAUAAAAUAUUUGAACUCUCAAAAUUUCCCAGUUCUAAAAAAAUUAAAUUUUGUUUACACGGAAAUUUAUUGAUAUAAAUUGACAUAUCAAUAAAAUCUAGACAGUAUUACUCUAAUAAAUUACUGUUUAACCCGUUUACAAAAUAAUUAUUUUUAUAUUAUCAAGUGCCUCAAUUAUAUACUCAUAUUUUUUCUUAUGCUCCUGAAGUUAACAGACAACUGCAAAUUUUUUUUUAUAAUUUAUCAUUUUGAAAAAAUUCAAAAUCUUCAGACGUCAGUUAACUUCAGUAUUAGUUUUCUUUACUAUUUUACAAUAUUUAACGAUAAUUAUAAGUACAGUCAUUACAAUAUUUAUUUAUUUAUAAUGAUAAUAAAUUUUUUAAACGUAACUCGCAAUUAAAAAUCUUCGAAAAUAUGCUCAAUUAAAAAAAAAAAAAAACUUCCUUGUACCUUGCCUUUGAUUUCGUAUUUUUUCUUCCAUUACAAUAAUCAACAAUUUAUAUUAUUAUUAUUAUUAUUAUUAUUAUUAUUAUUAUUAUUAUUAUUAUCAUUAUUAUAAUUAUUAAUAUAU